AUGAAAAUUCACAAACUAUUUAGUCUAAUACUCACCAUAUUAAUUCUUCUUUUAAACACUUUGAAAGCUUAAAACUCAACUUAUUACUACGAUUAAUAGCUUAUAAAUGAUCUUUUAAAAGAUUAUAAUACAGCUGCUCUCCCAAAGCCAGAGUCAGGCAUUCAGACGAAAAUUGAUUUCAGAUUGGAAGUUAUGGGAAUCGUAGAAGUUAAUACAGCUGAGAGUUAUGUAAAGCUAAAGGCAUCAGUUCGACAAUGGUGGAAAGAUAAAAGACUUUCUUGGGAUCCUUCCAAAUAUGGAGGUCUUAAUCAAACUUGGCUUAAAUCUGACCCAUAAACGAGUAAUUAUAUAUGGACUCCAGACACCUAUUUGCAAUAAGACGUGGGUGAGGGUUACUUAAGUAACAUGAGAUUCACAGAUAUUAGAAUCAAUUCAGAUGGUUCAGUAUACUUUUCAAGGUUUGGAGAUAUAAAGGUUCUAGUAACUUUUGAUGUUACUAAGUAUCCCUAUGACGAGCAAAUUAUAAAUAUGACCUUUGGUAGUUGGCUUUACACUGAUAAUAGAAUACUAAUUUCAAUGAGGAACAAUCCGUUAUACAUUUAUGAUACUUUCCGACUCGAUCAUAUUGAAUGGGAUAUCAUUUCUAGUAGCUAUAAAACUAUCAACUAUAAUUUUUCAACAGGCAGUUAUCAACACGUCUAGUUUUAAUUGACAAUUAGAAGAAAAGGUAAUACGCUUGUGAUUAGUGUGAUCAUUCCCUGCUUCUUAGUCGGAUUAGCAAGUACGUUUUACUUUUUCCUGCCUAAAGGAUAAGGUGAAAGGGCUAAUUUUUUAGCCACUAUACUGCUCACAGAGAUAAUGUUCCUAGUCAUGAUUUCACAGAUAUUGCCAGUUUCGACAAGAAUCCCUUUUAUGGGAUUUUUCUUCCUCUCUGUGAGUUGUGUAACUAUAUUCCUAAUCUUAGUGGUUUUGCUAAUUGACAAAAAGGAAAGGUAGCUAGAAAGAAUCAAAUAUAAGAAGAGAAAAGCAAGAAAUUUUGAACUGAAAAUAAAUCAAAGUCUUAACAACAAUAGCUGUGUAAGUAUAGAGGACAAUUAAAUUGCCAGACUAAAUACUGAUACCUAAUCUUCUGCUGCUAUUUCAGUUCCAAGAAGAGGACCAAAGUGGUUGAAGUUUUGGGGCUUCAUUAACACAAGGAAAAAACUUAGAAAAUUGGAUCAAUAUAUUGCAUUUUUCACAGGUCUCUCAUUAUGUGUCAUGAUGAUAUCAAUGUUAAUUAUCAUGCUGACUUGA